CGUCGAUUAUUGCGGUCUUAUCAACCGAUUCGACCGCGUCGUCUAUCGAUUGGUGAAUCACUUUUUCGGUGAAAAUAAGGAAAUGCGAACUAUAUACCAGUGUGAAGUUUAGGAAAGGGACAGUUACAAAGUAUUGUGUAAUCAAUCCACUUGAUUAAGCGAUCUAACACUCGACGGCCAGAGACGUGUAAGCGAUACGUGGGAGCACAAGUCAGUGCGUGUGAAUAACGUUGGCAAUUAGUUACCUAUAACGUUGUGAACUGCGGCACGGAGCUGCCUUCGAACGGUUGAUAUACGGACUUCUUCUAUUUUUCUCGCCGCGUGGUUCGUCUCGCUCGCGUAUUUCGCGCAUUUCGACAACGACAAACAUCAAAAUUUACAGUUACAAUCACGUUACAUUUUCCAAAAUUCCCAUUUUUGCGAAUUCAUCGAGUGUCGAUUUUGAUAUACUUUAAUCUGUGCCGAACGAAACAAACAAUAUAAUCAUCUGUAUUCGCAUAUCAGACUUAUUUGAAAGAUAGUGACAGUUUCGUUAGACAACGCGAGGAACGUGUGUAAACAUUGUUUAGAGACUAUUGGUUAAAUAUUUUUCGUUCGUCUGUGGCUUUGUCUUUAAAGUGACACGAUGAGUGACACGAUGAGCAACACGAUGAGCGACACGAUGAAUGUUAAGAUAGAGUGCGACAUGCCUUAUUUGCGAGCGAUUCAACAGAUACCAGGUAAUACUCCUGCUAAAAAAUUCUCUUGGAUCGGAAGGUUAGCUGCGCGGGACCAAAAGGCCGGCGGAGAUCGCGAUAAAGUUCCGCAAGAAUUGCAGUCCUUAUUGCAAGUGGAAGCCGCGAUCAAGCAAAAUACGCCGGAAUAUGAAAAAGAUAUAAAGUCCGCUUUACAAUCCGAAGAUUCAAUGAUAAAUCGGCGAGCUCUCAAGGCUUCGUGGUUCUUCAAUGGCAGCUGUAAGAAGACGAUUAAUGCCGAGUACUUCUGCAACGAUAUUUUUCCAAACGUCUCGCUAAGGACAAGGACAUCUAUAAUAAAUAAGUUCGCAAGUAAGCUGAUCGGCAGAGACCCUGUGUUCGCGGAGGAAUUAUUUACAGCAAUUACAUCUGCUUAUGACAUUAAAACCGCUCUCCCAUUGAUCAUAGCAUGCAGGGAGUCUUUCAUUUAUGAUACGAUUGUGGAGAAAAAGCUCAUACUGCCUUACACAAUCGUCAAAAAGAUUUACUGCAUAAACUCGCAUCUUGCAGCGCGCUACUUGAUAUUGUUAAAACCUAAUAACAUUGAUAAUCCUUUUGCAAUCGGCAUUCAAAAGUAUACAAAAAUAGUGAAAAAAUUAGCGAAAAAACAUGUGGAAUAUUUCGUCACAUUGUGUGUAACACAUGCAUCUAAUUUAAAUAUUAUUCUAAGUAAAAAGUCUGCUGGAAUAUUCCUGAAAGAGGCGAAGAUCCACCUGAUAGCACAUCCGAAAAUAUUCUUUUUUAUGCUGCCACUGAAGAUGAUCAGUGCGAACAUAAUGGAAACUAUCUUUCCGAAAUUAUUGCCUGAUGAGCGUAGCGGUUUCAACACAACAAAUGCACUCGACUGCUUAAAAUUCUAUUUUCCAAAACAGAAAAAAAUUGAGCUGCUCUUCAAAACGUAUAAGGACAAGUACAAUGCUGAACUUCUCGACAACCUGUAUAACGUGACGCCCGCGUUGCUGCAAAUAUUACCUACUGAAAAGCGAAUCGAGCUAGCUCGUAGUAAAAUAAAUCAUAGUAAAAUAGAACAGGAUGAUGAAUAUACUAUACAGAAGGAAUAUAUUAUGAGACAUACUAUGGAACGUACUAUGAGACAUACUAUAACAUAUACUAUGAAAUCAUCUUAUAAGCAAACUUGGAUUUGCUACUAUAGUACUAAGGAAGCGAUACCGUUGCUUAUGGAAAGCAUACAGAAAUCUUCAGGACCUUGGGAUAGAGCUGAUUACAUUGGACAAAUGAUGUACUGUUGUAAAGUCAAUGAUGAUAACGAAAUGCUUGCCGAGGUCAUCAAAUAUAUUAUAGCUAGACAUAAAAACGAGAGAUCUGAUGUAUGCCGAAAAAUAAUAGAAUAUUUUGCAGAAAUAUACGAAGAUGCGGUUUUUUUAGAUGAACAACUGCAAUCUCUUGUGUUCGAUAUGAUUAAUCUUUUUUACGUAAAACACGGUGUCUCAGACAAAAGGAUAAUCGCAUCUUUGACGCAAUUCAAGCUUACUAACAAACUGCCGAUCACAAAUUUGAUGCAAAUGUUAAUAGAAUUAAAUAUACAAGAAGGUUGUGAAAUCUUUAACAUACUAGAACAAUAUCCAGUGUUCGAGAGAAAAUGUCUCGAAACCAUAGGAGAUAUUCUGAGCGACAAAUAUUUUUCAAGUGAUAAAAUAGAAAUGACAACUAAACAACAAAAAUAUCCAUUGAUCCAGUUUAUCAAAGCAAUAUAUGCUUUCAACAAGAGAUGCAAAACUUUGUAUCCAAAUGUAAAGCAUUUGACAAUUACAAGUUAUCCAAAUCUAUUAUACGAUGUUUCUGCAAUAUUAAAAUCUAAUGAUUAUUUUCGGAACGCAAUAAAUGAUAUAUUGAAGAAGAAUGAACCAACUUUGUAUUAUUCGAUAAUUUCCAAAAUGGACAUUAACAUGGAAACUAAUAUCGCGGAUUUAACGUCUAAAUCAGGGCUCAAUCAAUUGAAGAGAAAUCCACUCAACAUACUGAACAACUGGGAAAAAUAUUUGGAAAAAUACAAGAAACAUCUCAACGAGAAAUAUUUCACCAAAAACAUGCAAAAGUUUAUCAGAAUUGCACGCUGGCACCAGGACAUACCCAUCAAAUUCGCCGAGCGUUGCAUAGAAGAGUUAAAUGGAGAUAAACAUAAAAAUCGGUCUUCCUUAAUUAUUCUAGGCAUUCUGCUUCACGGUGACACGCUGACGAAAAUAAUAAAACUUUUAGUAUCAAACAUAACGGUAAAUGUUUCUAAGCAGGACGAUAGGGAUAGUUGCUUGUUCGUGGAAAUUAUACCUCAUUGCAUAAAACUUUCCAAUCCACCAGUGUCUUUCGACAUCAUGAUUAAAUUAAGCGAAGGAGAUUACUUGUCAACCGCGUUGGUAGCGUUAAUAAAUAUAAGUAGACGAUCUUCUUUGAAGAAAGUCUUGUUAUUCGCGCAACAGUUGAUAUCAAUGCGCGUCGGCGCGCGAAAACAUGGAAUUAGACUAUUGAGUUCGGUGUUAUCUAUGCAAGAGUAUAUCAAUCAUCUUGAUAAUCUCUGGAAGACUGAGAAGAAUUUUUCGAUACGACAAAUUAUAUUCGACGAAGUGGAGCAAUUCUUCUCAAAAAAUCCAUGUGCUGAAACUUGGUCUCUAUAUUGCAAAAUCGUUUCAAUGGCAACUGUGGAAGACAGCGAGAUAAUAUUGUCGAAGAUGCAGCUGGAUUCUCUCACGCAACGCCAACUUAACACAGUUGCACCCAACGCUAUCACACAAUACAUUGAACUAUGGUUCUCCACAAUAACUCGUUUUCAAAACGACGGUAUGACGAACGAGGAGUUAAAUCGAAAUCUUAAUAAGUUUGUGAAUAUUCUAAAUAAAGAGGAUGUCGUCGAAUUUGUACCCGAUGAAAUAGCCGAUAACAUAAUUAAAAAAUAUUUAUUUCACUCCGAGAACGUAAUAGCCUCGCUAUCAAGAAAGUUCGCGCUGCUAUAUAUUUUCACUAAAGAUCAAAAUAAAUUCCAAACACGCAAGACAGUGUUGAUAGAAACUAUCCGAAGCGCAACAAUGAAAUGGAACGAACCUCAUCCCUUGAAAUUCCGUUUUUAUCCGAUCAAUUAUACUAUUCACUAUUUCAUAAUCGAGUUCGCCAAUAAAUGCGUUCGGUCUCGCUAUCAGCAGUCUUUUAACUUCAAUAUGAUAGACGAUAUGUUGCAUAUAUUCAAAUCGUACUUGCUCCCUACACAAGACAUGGAAUCUUAUUUGAUGUUAGAAUAUACAAAGCUACUACUAAAAUGUACGUCUGAAAAAGAAGAAGAUGCCUUCGGUUUAAGACUCGGUCUAUUUGUUCCAUCUUUAAUUGACAUUUUCACACCGUUAUUAGUUCAUUUCAUGGCCACAACUCUUGAUCAAUUUUUAAGAAAUGCAUAUAUCAAAACUAAUGACGAGAACACUGAAAACACGAUCAGGUGCAAAAUCAUGAACGGCCUCAUUCAUUCUGAGCACAUACCGUCCAUUGUCCUAGCUGUGAUAUUGUUAUCGUUUGAGAGGCGUGAUGAAAUAUACGAUGAUCUCAUUUCUAAAUUUAUGCAUAUAGAUCAUCCUGCGGUAACAAUUAUUUUACAUAAUUAUCUAAACAAAGAAUAUCAGUGAAAUGGAGUGAAUUGAAUAAUAGUAGUAAACAAAUAAGUUUUAUACGCGUGUAUUGUUCCAUCACUUAUUAAAAUAAUAAAUAGUGCUUUCAUUAAGUGAAAUUAAUGUGAUUUAAUUAUAACGAUGAAUGCAUUUUUAUACGCGUUGAAUUAAUACCUGUGUAAUUUUUUCUCAUAAAAAAUAGAUCUUAAAUUCUAUGCGAAAUCUUCUCCUCUUUUCUUUUCAAAGUACAGGAUUAAAGAUUUCUACGAACGCUUAAAACUUUUCUGCGGUAAAAAUAUGUAAAAAAAAUUGUCAGUUAAACAUAUAAGACAAGUAAAAUAAUGAGAGAGAUAUCUAUGUUUAAGCUUUCAUAAGAAUUUUAUACACGCAAUGAUAUGAUAUGAGUUGCAUAAUAAAGAUUAUUUCAGCAUUUUA